GCCGUUGUUAAAUCGUGCGACGUAAAUUGCCGCCAUUGAUUGACGCCAUUUUGUGCAUGAGAGGACAACUCUGAGGGAUUCCUAAAAAGUGAUUCACGGCGCUGUACUCUCGGACAUACUACGAACUUUCCGGAAAACUAGACUUAGUGAGCGAGCUUCAGUUUUGGGAGUGAGGUGAAGAUGUUUGGUUAGAACAGAGCAGGCACCAUCCCUGCAAAGCUAUAGAUAUAGGCGCGGAGUUGUCAGUUGGUGAUAGAAGGUUUACUUGGACUUGAGCCCCGCCGAUUAGGCCUCUAUUUUGAAACUGACAUCAAAAAGUUAAAAGCAACAUGAACAGAGCAGCAGCCAUCAUCGUGGGACUAGUGGCACUGGCAGCGUGUCUCUUUCUGGUCAUGCUGCCGUCGCUGAUCGUCACGGCCCGGCCUUACGGCAGCUGGAAAUUCCAGGUGGUGGAGUGUCGCUUCAGCGCGCAGAACGAAGAGAACAGUCGGCUGGACUGCUUCCCCGAACUCAACAUGCCGACGGAGCGAGAGUGCCGAGCCAGGGGUUGUUGCUUUGUCGAUGUGACCUUCAAUCGCGAGCUGGUCGUCCCUGAAUGCUACCUACCCAGUGGGGUCGGGUACGAAGUCAUGGGCAAGCCGCAGGUGUUAACGUCGGGAUACAACCUCUAUCUCCAGCGGAUACGCACUCCCAGGCUCUUUUACCGAGAGGCCGAAAACCUCGUGGUUCACGUGGACGAACAGGCCGAGAACAGACUGCAUAUCAAGAUAUCCGAGUACCGUUAUGUGACCUACCAAGACUGGAAGUUUCCGGAGUUAGAAGAUCGCAUGUGGACACCUCGCUAUGAGGUGCCGAUCGAUGUGACCAAGCCCGCUCGUCAAGCAGCUUGGACCGAUUACAUCUUCAACUACACUCAGAGUCCAUUCACUAUGCAGCUUACUCGACGCACGAGCCAACGGUUUAACAUGAUCGAUACCACUCUGGGGGCUCUGAUCUUCGAAGACCAGUUCCUUCAGAUUACCUUCAAGUUACCCAAUUCCCUACUCUACGGCUUCGGUGAGCACAGACGAGAUGACCUCAGGCAUGAUAUGAACUGGAAGGAGUGGGGAAUGUUCAGCGCUCCAGGCCACCCUGACGAUGACACACAAAAUGCAAACCUAUACGGUCACCAUCCUUUCUUCCUGAACGUUGACGACGACGGAAAUGCCUUCGGAAUGUAUUUUCACAACAGUAACGCCAUGGAUGUACAUCUGACACCAAUGCCUGCCGUUACUUGGCGAACUACCGGCGGAAUUCUCGAUUUCUACAUAUUCACCGGGCCAUCGCCGGAGCAAGUCAUCCAGCAGUAUCAAGAGGUGAUAGGACGGCCUGAAAUCCCGCCCUAUUGGGCGCUUGGGCUACAACUUGGGAUAGAAUCUUUUGGAAGCGCCCAGGCAAUGGAAAAUUUUGUUCAGGAAAACGUGGAGGCCGAAGUACCAUUUGAUGUUAUCUUCAGUGGCAUGGAUUAUCAACGGUACUAUCUUACCUUCACUCACGACGAAGCGAAAGUUCGCAAGUCUUUUAUCGACAACUAUCUCCACCCAUAUCAGUACAAAUAUGUCAUCCAUUUGACUCCAGCUUUGAGCAGUCAGAUACCGUCUCCAAAGUUCAAUUACUGGCCAUAUUACUACGCCAAGAAACACGGCAUUUUGGUCAACAGGACGGAUGGUGUCACUCCUGCCUUUGGUGUGAGCUGGCACGGCGAGACAGCAUACAUGGACUUCACCCAUGAGUUUGCCAAAGUCCAUUGGGGCGCCUUCGCUCAGAUGCUUCACCAAGACCUCCCGUUUGAUGGCAUAAUCAUGACUGAGAACGAGCCUGGUAACUUCAUGAACGGUUCGCGAAUCGGCUGCGACCUGGAGAGUAAAUGGAACGCUCCACCAUAUAAUCCCAAAUUGAAGAGCUCCAUGUUGUACUAUGAGACGUUAUGUAUGGACUCCAAACUAGCGAAGGGCAUCCACUACAAUGUGCAUAGCCUUUACGGGCACUUCGCCGCCGAGGCGUCCAACUAUGCCGGGAAAUUGUUAUACAAAGAUAAGCGAGCUAUGACCCUGUCACGUGCUUCGUUUGCUGGCACCGGACAAUUUGCCGGCCACUUUCUGGGCAGAAGUACAGCGACAUGGAAAGACAUGACCCGUUCAAUAAUAGGAGUUGAUGAGUUCAACAUGUUCGGCAUUCCUUUCACGGGAGCCGAUAUCUGCGGCACGGUCGGUGAGCCAGAGUCCCCUGAGCUCUGCCAGCGAUGGAUGCAACUUGGCGCCUAUCAACCUCUUGCACGAAUCUACAGAUCUCUCAACACAUCCAGAGUAGACCCUGCUGCCUUCCGAUUCACCGACACCGAGAUUUUCACCAACAUGCGAGAGAUGGCAAGAAGACGAUACAGCAUCCUGCCUUAUCUCUACACUCAGCUAUACCACGCACACGUGGACGGCUACGCAGUCACCAGAGCACCGUUUUACGACUUUAUAUCAGACAAGAUCCGAGUAUGGGAUGUGGACUGGGAGUUUAUGCUUGGUAACGCCCUGCUGGUUGUGCCUGUGGUCAAAGAGGGAGCCCGAACUGUCACAAUGUAUCAUCCAGAAUGGCGUUUCUAUUAUUUCUAUGAUCCGCAAGAUGCGGGCCAUGUUCUUGGAUCUAUACUGGAGACGGCUAGUAAAGGAUCAAACACCACAGUCUCUGCACCGUUGAACGAGAUACCGGUAUUCAUCCGCGGGGAAUACAUUAUUGCCACACAAGAGCCUGGCAAUAACACAUACUACACCCGUAUGAACCCGCUGACGAUUUGGGUUGCUAUGCCGGAGAACAACGAGGACUUUGCAAAAGGUGACCUUUGGUGGGAUGACGGCGAAACACAAGACACUUAUGAACGCGACAUGGACAUCUAUAUGCAGUUCUUUGCAGAUCUCCUGAAGCUCGAAAUGCUGUCCCAACGAAUAGGCAUGGUGGCCUACAAUUCCGACGCAGUGUUGCCGACAAUCAACAAAGUUAAGUUUGUGGGCUUAAGGAAGGACCCUGCCGGCCAGCUGUACGUCGACAAUGUCCAGCACCCGACUACCUCGUACACUUACGACGGGCUCAAUCAGGUUCUUGACAUAUGGGACCUUGAUCUGGACAUCACAUCUGACCAUCGAAUCGACCUUCAGUCACCGUACUAAGACACCAGACGGUCAUUUCAGGGAGCAGUUAGGUAUAGCCUGCCUGGCAACAGUAGGUUUCGAGCAAAAUUGAAAAAUUGCAAUGUUAUGUAAACUGUUUACAGCAGAUUUCCAGUUCAUUUUAAGCUAUAAAGUAAAUUCACAAAGCAACAUGCUUUCUGAAAUUGGGACUAACACAUUACUUCCUAUUCAGUCGAGCAUCCGAAAUGAAAUAAGUUGUGUGUGUAUUUUCUAUGACUGGAAGUUCGGGGCUAUCGAUUCCCAUUGAAUAAUUAUCGCCGAUUAUAUCCAACUGCCUUAGUAUUGAUUCCAUCAGCAGAAAAGGAAAAAUGGAUAAUCGAUAGUACUUCCUUCCGUUUUUUGAAUUUUCUAAGUGGAGUUGUAAUACUUCAAUAGAUUAGUUUGGCAUUCCUAUUUUUAAGAGGUACAACUAGCAUUUUUUAUUUUGCAGAAAAAUGCUUCAAACAACUGUUUUAUGCUGUUUCCAAAGCUUCCACGUUGAGAUGUUUGUAUUUUUGUUUUCAUUAACCUUUCAACUUACAAAUUUCUUUUCCAAAAAGGGAACAUGUAACAUAUCGAGUUAGUCCCACGACUUUGAGAACUGAAAAAGAAUUCUGUAGCACUGUUUUAGUCGAUAGUGAUGCUUAGAAAUGUAGGCCCUAUCCGGAAAAGAAACGAAAACUUGUUCAUUCUCUUUUGCUGAGAUUCAGAUCAUUGUUUAGAUAUUUUUAGAAAGCAAUACAGUUGAGUUUGAUUUAACAGAACUGAGACAGUCCUGAUUCUCAAAAGGUUACGGAAUUAAAUUUUGUAUUUUCAUUCACCGAGUUCACAUUUAUAGUACGUUUGCCGUAAAAAGUAUCUGUCAUUUUUAUUCACAUAUUGUGCAAAGUAACUCCUCUUUAUUAAUUUUUGGAUGAAUGGUUGAUCAUCGGUGGAGAACAUUCAUUCCAUUAGAAACUUUAGCAGAAGGCCGUUAGAUUGUUUUUAGGUUUUUUUAACAGUAGCUUUUGUGAAAGAAUCUCUAAAUUCCUUUCGAUGGACAAAGAUUUUGGACAGAGUUUCCAAUGUUUCCUUACAUAACAUGUAUAAUGUGAUAUCAAGCAAAAACUGUACAUACUUUUCAACAUGUUUUGUACAAAUUACCAAUUUAACUUCUGAAAAUUUGGGGAAAAUGUAAACGGCGAUGAAAUGUAAAUUAAAACGAAACUGAUUAUAAACUUGACAACUUAA